GUCUCUCUGCACUUCCAUUCCUGAAGGACCCACACAAUGCUUUCCAAACUAGCAAGUCUGCAGACUGUUGCUGCUCUGCGUCGAGGACUCCACACCUCAGUCACCUCUGGCACAUGUGUUGCAACUAAGAAGACAGUGCAAGGUCCACCAUCCUCUGAGUACAUUUUUGAAUGGGAAUCUAAAUAUGGCACACACAAUUACCAUCCUUUACCUGUGAGAGGAAAAAGCAUUUAUAUGUGGGAUGUGGAAGGCAGGCAGUACUUCAACUUCCUGGGUGCUUAUGGUGCUGUCAGCCAAGGACACUGCCACCCAAAGAUCAUAGAGAUCAUGAAGAGUCACGUGGACAAGCUGACAUUAACAUCUCGGGCUUUCUAUAACAAUGUUCUUGGUGAAUAUGAAGAGUGCAUUACCAAGCUUUUCAACUACAACAAAGUUCUCCCUAAGAAUACAGGAGUGGAGGCCGGAGAGACCGCAUGUAAGCUUGCUUGCUGGUCAUUGGGCUACACCAUGAAAGGCAUCCGGAAAUAUAAAGCAAAGAUUGUUUUUGCUGUUGGAAACUUUUGGGGUCGAACGCUGUCUGUAGUCUCCAGUUCCACAGAUCCGACCAGUUAUGAUGGCUUUGGACCCUUCGUGCCAGGCUUUGAAACCAUCCCAUAUAACGAUAUGCCUGCGCUAGAGUGUGAUUUUCAGGAUCCAAAUGUUGCUGCUUUCAUGGUGGAGCUGAUCCAGGGUGAAGCGGGUGUUAUCGUUCCAGAUCCAGGAUACCUGACGGGAGUUCGAGAACUCUGCACCCGGCACCAGGUCCUGUUUAUUGCUGAUGAAAUACAGACAAGAUUGGCCAGAACUGGUCGAUGGCUAGCUGUGGAUCAUGAGAAUGUCAGACCUGACAUAGUUCUUCUUGGGAAGGCCCUUUCUGGCGACUUAUAUCCCAUGUCUGCAGUGCUGUGUGAUGAUGACAUAAUGCUGGCCAUUAAACCAGGAGAGCAUGGCUCCACAUAUGGCGGCAACCCACUAGGCUGCCGAAUUUAUAUUGCGGUUCUUGAGGUUUUAGAAAAAGAGCAUCUUGCUGAAAAUGCAGACAAGAUGGGCGCCAUCUUGAGGAAGCAGCUCAUGAAGCUGCCCUCUGACGUUGUGACUGCUGUGAGAGGGAAAAGGUUGCUAAAUGCCAUUGUCAUCCCAGAAACCAAAGAUUGUGACGCUUGGAAGGUGUGCCUGCGACUCCGAGAUAACGGGCUUCUGGCCAAGUCAACCCAUGGCGAUAUCAUCAGGCUUGCCCCUCCACUUGUGAUCAAGGAAGAUGAAAUCCGGGAGUCAGUGGAGAUCAUCAACAAGACCAUCUUGUCCUUCUGAGAGUAGGAACUCCGGGGAGCCAUCUUCAGACAGGGCUUUUGUGAAACUCUGCUUGCGAUGGGCAGAUUCGACUUGUCUGUCUCCUAAAAGACAUUUUUUUUGAAUAUAUAUUAUAUAUUUCAGUUGAUGAAUAGUGGAGUGACACCUAGGAACCUGCAG